ACCGACUGACGAAGGCUGCCGAAGCCGCACGGCGAAGCUCCCCGCACGGACACGGCGGACCGGGACGAGCCGGUGCCUCACCCUGAGGAGAGCCGCGGAACACACGGGGCGAGCGGACUGAAAGAUACAAAAACCUUCGCAGACAUGCGGAGGAAAUCGAGAAUUUUGCUGUGUUUCGCGGUGCUGUGGGUCCUGGGAAUAGCCUACUACUUCUAUUCGGGGACAUCGCUGAGUCGAAAGGAUGAGUGGAUCUCCGGUGACUCGUUCAGCAGGGGCAGAGCUCACGGUUCUGACGAAAAGGCCCACGGCUCGGAGACCCUUCCGCCAGGUAAGGUGCGCUGGCAGGACUUCGAUCAGGAUCUGUACGUCGGAGCUACGGUGGUCCGACCGGGUCAGGAUCCUUACGCCAGAAACAAGUUCAACCAGGUGGAGAGUGACAAGCUUCGAAUGGACCGAGCCGUUCCCGAUACAAGACACGAUCACUGCAAACAUAAACAGUGGAGAUCGGACCUGGCAGCCUCCAGCGUUGUCAUCACCUUUCAUAACGAAGCUCGCUCUGCUCUGCUGCGGACUGUGAUCAGCGUCUUGAAGAAAAGUCCUCCUCUUUUGGUCAAAGAGAUUAUUUUGGUUGAUGACUUCAGUGAUAACCCUGAGGAUGGAGCGCUGCUGGGGAAGAUCGAGAAAGUGCGAGUUCUGAGAAACGACCGCAGAGAAGGACUGAUGCGUUCAAGGGUCUGUGGCGCAGAUGCUGCCACAGCACCAGUUCUUACCUUCCUGGACUCUCACUGUGAAUGUAAUGACCACUGGCUCGAGCCAUUACUGGAGAGGGUGGCUGAGGAUAAGACCCGAGUAGUUUCGCCCAUCAUUGACGUGAUCAACAUGGACAACUUUCAGUACGUGGGAGCUUCAGCCGAUCUGAAAGGAGGUUUUGACUGGAAUUUGGUGUUUAAAUGGGAUUACAUGACUCUGGAGCAGCGGCGAGCCAGGCAGGGCAACCCUAUCGCCCCCAUCAAGACUCCUAUGAUAGCAGGAGGUCUGUUCGUCAUGGAUAAAGACUACUUUGAGCAGCUGGGGAAGUACGACAUGAUGAUGGACGUGUGGGGAGGAGAAAACCUGGAGAUCUCUUUUCGUGUGUGGCAGUGUGGUGGCAGCCUUGAGAUCAUUCCUUGCAGCAGAGUGGGUCACGUCUUCAGAAAGCAACACCCGUAUACGUUUCCUGGCGGCAGUGGGACUGUGUUUGCGAGGUAA